CAAUUAUUGUUUUUUAAAAUGAAUUCUAAUGAGAAAAAUAUUAAUAAAUCAAUUUCUAUAAUAACUAAAAAUAAAAAAAAAAGUGGUGGUUGUUCAGAAGGUCCAGUUUGGAAUUAUUUUACUAAAAGAGAAAAAAUAGGAAAAGGAAAAUAUCAGAUAAUAUGUAAUUUGUAUGAUGCAUCUUGGAAUUAUAAUGAACUAAUUGAAUUAGAAAGUCAUUUAGCUAAUUAUUAUUCAAAAGCUGAUCCAAAGAUUAUUAGACAAUUUUUUAUAAAAAUUCUUUCAAAUACUUCUAAAGAAAACAUUCUUAAUAAAAAAAGAAAAAGCAACAUUCAAGGAAAUUUUGAUCAAUAU